AUGGACGAAGACCAACACAAUCUGGCCGCGCCAGAUUCCUCCAGCAACCGCGCGGACAGGCUCGCUACACGUCAGGAGGACGGAGACACACCUACACGUGUCUCUUGCUCCCUAGAGACGCGUGUACCCUUCCCAGGGGUGUCGGGCGCCAUGCCCGAGCCAGCUUUCAACAUGUCUGAGCACGUGGGACACACUGUGGAACACAAUGCCACCGGCCCACAAACGCCUCUUCUACAGGCCAGGGGCAGUGCUCAGUGUCCAGCACUGCCAGCUCAUCGCCAGCAGGCGGCAACACUGCCCGUCCUUUGCGAUGAUGUGGCGGCGCCGCACGCCGCUGUGCCUCUCUCUCGAGCACAGAGCGAGCUCUGGGAAGGCGGCCGUACACGUGUUGCUAUGGCAACAUGGCCUGCAGCUGUGUCACUAGACGCAGUGCAGGCUGCGCUGACUGACGCCUGCGGCAACGCUGUGCACGCGAGCCGUGGUUGCUCUGCACCGGCAGUGCCUACCUUGCAUACCGCAGUGGGGCACGCGCUGCUCCCGCCCACCGCUGUGCUGCACCCGCCCGCCGCUGGACCAUUGACAGUGGGCGGCGCAGAGCUGCGAGACUGGCUGGUUCAGCUGGGCAUACUGCGUGCUGCAGCAGAGUCUUCCACCUCUGCUGCGAUUGGGGAGUCAAGCGGCCACGCUCCAGUCACUGCGGGCAACAAGCUGCCACCACCGCCAUACUUGCCCCCUCCGGUUCGUCAGGAGUCGAAUGUGGGGCACUUCGACUCCUUCGUUGUUGCAUGGAAGACACUCUCCCAUGAGCAAGGUGAGGUAUUUGUGUGGUUCAUUGUCAUUCCUGUCGACAAUGAGGGACAGCGAGACAUGAUUCAAGUGUAUCUUCAAGAGGCAUUUGAGGAGGAGCAGGACAUCAGGGGAGUAGAGCAGGAGCAGGAGAUAGAGUGA